UACUGGUCCUUUUUGUUGCGAACUUGCGACUGUGUGAGGUCAUGUACCACCUUUGAUAUAAGCCAAAAUUGAAAUAUUCUCUUUGUUAACAUAGAAAUAUCAACCAUUUCGUGAUGAUGGGCGGUAAAUCGAGCACCAUAGCCGCCGGUGUUUGCGGGGCUCUGUUCGUUGGCUACUGCAUCUACUUCGACAGGAAAAGACGGAGUGACCCCAACUUCAAGAACAGGCUGCGAGAACGGAGGAGAAAUCAGGCGGCUGCAAAACAGGGGACAGGACUGUCAAAGCUCCCAGACCUGAAGGAUGCUGAGGCGGUUCAGAAGUUCUUCCUGGAGGAGAUUCAGCUGGGAGAGGAGCUGUUGGCUCAAGGAGAUUACGAGAACGGCAUCGAGCACCUGACCAACGCCAUCGCCGUGUGCGGCCAGCCCCAGCAGCUUCUCCAGGUGCUGCAGCAGACUCUCCCUCCACCAGUCUUCCAGAUGCUACUCACCAAACUGCCCACCAUCAGCCAGCGUAUUGUGAGCGCACAAGGUAGCUUGAAUGAAGAGGACUUAGAAUGAGGAUCGUCGCUGGAAAUUUCUCCUCGGAACCCUCCUAUAACGGAGUGCCCCUAGAUGCUGAUCUUGGGUCAGUUUUGUAUUUCCCCCACUAAUCGUUAAGGUUAGGAUUGGGGAGGGGAAGGUGAUCCUAGAUCGGUACCUCGGGGAAAGUUAAUCCCGGUGCUCCUAUAACCAAUUUUCUAGACAAGUCAGGAUAAGAGGUUAACUUUUUUUUAAAUCACUUUUUGGAGGGUAUUGAACAUUCUUUCGCUGAUGUCCAAAUGAAAGAAACAUGAACCCAUCGGACAGCAUUUUUAUUGGAUUCAUAUGCAGUUAGAAAAAUACAUUGUUUUGCUUCUCUUAGUGGUCGGUCUCUCGAAGGUGUAGCAAUAUCAUCCCUGCAACCACUCCCACGUUUACACAGCUCUGGGACCAUAUGUAUUAAGCGUCUUGAGUAGGAGUGCUGAUCUAGGAUCAGGUCCCCCUCUGCCCAUGCAUUCUUAUUCAUUGUGAUGUAAAAGGGAAAUGGAUCCUAAAAAAGCAUUCCUACUUGAUACAUAUAGCCCCUGUAUUAAAACCUAUUUCUACAAACUUCUUAGAUCACAUGUAGGAACAAGGAAAUUGAACGACUGUCUCAAUGUUGUUGCUUCAUUGUAUUUAAGUUAUUGUUUUGAUUUCAGUCCGACAUGCAGAUACUUUAGAAAGUGGUUGAAUGUUCUGUUAGGUCAUUAAGAGGUUGUUCCUCUUUGUAAGAAAUCAAAAUAAAAAGGUAAAUGACA